UUCCGAUGGGACGUCCUUGAUGAAGUGUGCAUGAAGCCGGGUCAUGUCCACCAUGGUGUAUCCUCGUGAAGAAACUCUGGAGCGACUCAGCCAGGAUGAGAUCGUCCUCAACACCAAGGCCGUCAUGCAGGGCCUGGAGACGCUCCGCGGCGAGCAUGCCCAGCUCCUCAGCUCGCUGCUGGACUGCUCGCCGCUGCCCGCCACCCAGGAGAAGUCCGGUCUGCUCCGCAAGAGCCUGGAGGCCAUUGAGCUGGGCCUGGGAGAGGCACAGGUGAUCAUUGCGCUGUCGAGUCACCUGAGCGCGGUGGAGUCAGAGAAGCAGAAGCUGCGGGCUCAGGUGCGUCGGCUGUGUCAGGAGAACCAGUGGCUGCGGGACGAGCUAGCCAGCACCCAGAACAAACUGCAGCGCAGUGAGCAGAGUGUGGCACAGCUGGAGGAGGAGAAGAAACACCUGGAGUUCAUGAACCAGAUCAAGAAAUUCGACGACGACGUCUCGCCCUCGGAGGAGAAGGGCCAGGGUGGUGGGAGCGGAGGCAGCGGGGAGACCUCCAAGGACAGUCUGGACGACCUGUUCCCGAACGACGAUGACCAUGGACCAGCUCAGCCCAGUGGAGAGGUGGCGGCCCAGCAAGGCGGCUAUGAGAUCCCGGCUCGCCUGCGGACACUCCACAACCUGGUCAUCCAGUAUGCCUCGCAGGGCCGCUACGAGGUGGCCGUGCCGCUGUGCAAGCAGGCGCUGGAGGACCUGGAGAAGACCUCCGGACACGACCAUCCUGAUGUCGCGACCAUGCUCAAUAUUCUGGCACUAGUCUACCGGGACCAGAACAAGUACAAAGAGGCGGCCCACCUCCUGAACGACGCACUGGCCAUCAGAGAGAAGACCCUGGGGAAGGACCACCCGGCCGUGGCUGCCACACUCAACAACCUGGCCGUUCUCUACGGCAAGAGGGGCAAGUAUAAGGAAGCCGAGCCCCUCUGUAAGAGGGCCCUGGAGAUCCGAGAGAAGGUACUGGGGAAGUUUCACCCCGAUGUGGCCAAGCAGCUCAACAACCUGGCCCUGCUGUGUCAGAACCAGGGCAAGUACGAGGAGGUGGAGUACUACUACAGUCAGGCCCUGGUGAUCUACGAGUCCAAACUGGGAGCAGACGACCCCAACGUGGCCAAGACUAAGAACAACUUGGCUACAUGCUAUCUGAAGCAGGGGAAGUUCAAAGACGCUGAGGCUCUGUACAAAGAGAUCCUGACCAGGGCACAUGAGAAGGAUUUUGGAUCCGUCAACAAUGACAACAAGCCAAUCUGGAUGCAUGCAGAGGAAAGGGAGGAGAGCAAGGGUAAGCGUAAGGAUCUCCCAUAUGUAGAGUAUGGAAGUUGGUACAAGGCCUGCAAGGUGGACAGCCCCACGGUCAACACGACUCUGAAAAGCCUGGGCGCGCUGUACCGUCGCCAGGGCAAAAUGGAGGCUGCAGAAACCCUGGAGGAGUGCGCCACCAAAACACGCAAACAGGGUAUUGAUGCCAUUAACCAAAGUAAGGUGGUUGAGCUCCUGAAGGAUGGGGGGGCUGGAGGGGCCAACAGACGGCAGAGCAGGGAAGGCAUUGGGGGGUCCGGGGGCCAGCGGGGGGACUGUGAGGGUGACGACUCAACAGAAUGGAAUGGGGACGGUAACGGGUCUCUGCGGCAGAGCGAUUCCUUAGGUAAGCUCCGCGAUGUGCUGAGAAGAAGCAGUGAGAUGCUGGUGAAGAAACUACAGGGGAGCGGCCCGCAAGAGCCCCGCAACCCUGGAAUGAAGAGAGCCAGCUCGCUCAACUUCCUCAACAAGGGUUCAGAGGAAACCACACAGGACGCCAACUCAGGCCUGUCAGACUGCAGAGGACUGAGUGCCAGCAACGUGGACCUAUCGAGACGCAGCUCCCUGAUUGGCUGAACACUGACAGGAUGUGGGACGAGAGAGGAAGACGUGGCCCAGUGAGGAGAGGCUGUUUGCAGUUC